AUGUCAGACAAUAUUCUACACAGGAUUAACCUCUCCCACGACAGACUAUCUGGCAUCAUGCCUUCUAGUAUAGGGUACUGCACAGAUCUUACUCGGCUAAACCUCAGCGACAACAAUCUCACUGGAAAAAUUCCAAAUGAUCUUCAAAAAGCAGAUGGUUUGCAAUAUCUUUGUUUGAGUAACAACGAUCUUGGUGGAAUGUUUCCAACGUUCAUCUUAAAGCUUCUGGUUUUGCAAGGUCUUAACUUAGGAAAUAACAAUUUCAGAGGAAUCGAUCUAUCAUUUAACAUUCUUGAUGGAACCAUUCCAGAAGAGAUAGGGUUGUUACGAGGACUUGUUGACUUCCUGGAAUAUCUAAGCUUAUCUCAGAAUAAUUUAAGUGGAAAGAUUCCAAGAGGAGAUCACUUUGGUACACUGAGUGUGGAUGGUUCUGAUUUUAAUGGGAAUGAUUUAUUGUAUAGGUCUCUUUUGGCAAAAGUUUGUGAUGAUGACAAUAAUGCUGGUGAUACUAUUGGAUUCUGGAGUAUGUUCUUUGUUUUGCUUCUAAGGAGACAUAAAUGGUGGUUUCCGUAUUGGAGAACGAUUGAUUCUGUUGCAAUUAGAAUUGUAGAAUUUAUUCAUAGGAAACAACAGUAA